AUGGCGCAGGAUGGGAAUACUGGUGGAGGACUGCUGGACCUGGAGAGGGAGCUGACUUGUUCGAUAUGCACGGAUAUCCUGUACCAACCACUGACGCUCCUGGAUUGUUUACAUACUUUCUGUGGGAGUUGUUUGAAGGAGUGGUUUAAAUGGCAGGCGGCUUCCGCGGCGACCAACAAUCGACGAACGACUCAUCCGUAUACUUGCCCGUCAUGUCGCGAAUCGGUGAGGGGGACGAAGGCGGACUGGAGGUUGAGUACGUUGUUGGAGGGGUAUUUGAAAGCGAACCCGGAUAAGAGCAAGACGGAGGAGGAGAAAGAGGAGAUGCGGAAACACUACAAGCCUGGGGACGAUGUGUUGCCGCCGGUGAGGGUGGAGGUGGAGAGCGAGGAUAGUGAGGAUGAGAGGUUGAUGGCUGAAGUGAGGGAGUUGAGUAUGGCGGAUGUGGAUCCGGAGACGGCAAGACGGAGGGCAGAAAGAGCCGCGAGACAUAGGCAGAGGAGAAGGCAGGGACGAGAUACGCCUGAGGAUCAGGAACGGAACCGACAGCGACAGGAGGACGAGAGGCAGGUUGAGCAUCAGCCCUCUCUGCGGAGUCUGCUUAGUGGGUCGGAGAUCAAUUCUCAGGACGUGCAGGAGGAGAUAUUGCACUCGAUCUAUUCGGAGGGACUGCUGAAUGGGAUCGAUAUCGAUAACCUCACGCCGGCACAGGAGGAGGAGCUCACGGAGCGGAUCGCUGAGGCUUAUCGCAGAAGACAGAGGAAUAGAGAGCGAUCACGAAAUCGAGACAGGUCAACGACUGCACGGAAUCAAAACCAGCAGCGUGCAGAUAGCCAGCCACCUCAGCAGCAGCAGUCAAGGGCGAGACCACCAAUUUCCAGACCACACCUCUUCGAACAGCAGGCGUCUGUUGGUGCCGAGCGGAAUGAACGUCGAUCUGCGAGCUCCACAAGCCAUCGAAGACAGACCUCUUACAAUCGCAAUACUUCUACAGACAAUGUAGCCCCAGCCGCCCGCUCAGCAACAGAUCUCUCUCAACACCCAACCAGCGACGAUAGCCAACGUCCAAGGCCACGAGCCUUGUCGAAUAACGCAAGAAGCACGACUGAUCCGACGAAUCUGCGCAACGAUGUCCAACGUGUCCGUAAUACGUCUGGAAGCUUGAGACCAGAUGCCGCGAACCACUCACAUCGAUCGAGGAGUCGAGAGAGUGAGCCUGCUCGAAGACAGACGAAUCCACCAAGUACGAGUACCAGUCUGGCGCCAACAUCGGCUCCCACCAGCACUCCGCCUCAGCAGUCCGUCCGACCAGCUGUAUCAACAGCAGCCUUCGCCCCAGAACCUGUGACUUCCGAAACCGCAAGCAGAGCACCGCCUUCCAUAUCAUGUUCAAGAUGCGAGAAACCUCAAAUCCAGACCAAACUCCACUACAACUGCUCAAAAUGCAACGACGGCAACUUCAACCUAUGCCUCCAAUGCUACCGCGCCGGCCGAGGGUGCAACCACUGGUUCGGCUUCGGACUCAUGGCCAUGUACCGCUACGAACAAGCCGCGCUUCCAGAAGGCCACUCCUCUCGAACCUACGACUACCCACACAUCAUCACACCGCGCCGCUACGACCAAACCUCACCACACACCCUCCACUCCGGCGCCUUCUGCGAAACCUGCCUCACCCCCACCAACGACUGCUACUGGUACUGCGAGCUCUGCCUCUCAGGCGCCUGGGGCUACUGCAACGCCUGCGUCCUCCAAGGCCGACACUGCACCCACCCCCUCCUCCCCACCGCGCACGUCACCACCCUCCCCAACCCCCCAAAAGACAUCCGGUACCUCCCCCUCCCGCACCUCCCCCCAAACAGCUACGUCCUCCUCCCCGUCCUCACCGACUGCGACAUCUGCCGCCUCCCCAUCCCGCCCAACUCCACCCGCUUCCACUGCUACGAAUGCAGCGCCGGCGACUACGACGUCUGCAACCAAUGCUACACCUCGCUCGUCUCCGCCGGCAAAAUCUCCUCCGCGAAUGGCCCCAAGGGCUGGAGACGCUGUCUCGCCAACCACCGCAUGGCCGUCGUCGGGUAUCAAGACACACCCCUAGCGGGAGGCAAGCUACGCAUCACAUUACGAGACCCCGUCGGUGGAUGGAGGCUUAAGGACUCACCUACCACCAUCGCACCUCCCCCUCCUCCGUCCCAGCAGAACGGGAAUGCGAGUGGGAAUAGAACCGGCUACAGCGCCAUCGCCUCCUGGUCCUGGUUUCCCGAGGAGGGACAGGCGGAUGAGUUGGUAAUCCCUGCGGGCGCCGAGGUCAGGGAGUGUGAGGAUUUGAAUGAGGAUUGGGGGGUUGGGGUUUUUGCGGGGAGGGUGGGGGUUUGGCCGAGGAAUCAUGUUCAGAGAUUGUGA